AUGCAGCCGCCCGCGCUGCCGGUGCCCGGGCCCCUGGCCCUGCUGGACACGACAGAAGGGUUUGGGAGAAGAAAGAAGACUUCCCUUUGGUUUGUGGGGUCUCUGCUUGUGGUGUCUGUCUUCAUCCUGACCAUCGGCCUCGCUGCCACCACCAGGACGGAGAAUGUGACCGUGGGGGGCUACUACCCAGGGAUCAUUCUGGGCUUCGGAUCUUUCUUAGGAAUUAUUGGCAUCAACCUUGUGGAGAAUCGAAGGCAAAUGCUGGUGGCAGCCAUUGUGUUUAUCAGCUUCGGCGUGGUGGCCGCCUUCUGCUGUGCCGUCGUGGACGGCGUGUUUGCCGCUCGGCACAUAGAGACAAGACCCCUCACCACGGGAAGAUGCCAGUUCUACUCCAGUGGGGUGGGAUACUUGCCCGACGUCUACCAGACGGAGGUCACCUGUCACUCCCUGAAUGGCAAGUGCCAGCUGAAGGUGAAGAGCAACACCUGCUAUUGCUGUGACCUCUACAACUGCCAAAGCGCCGAGUACUCUCCCACCUACUAUGAGUUCGUGGGCGUGAGCGGCUGUCAGGAUGUGCUCCACCUCUACCGGCUGCUCUGGGCCUCGACGGUACUCAACGUCCUGGGCCUGUUCCUGGGCAUCGUCACGGCCGCGGUGCUGGGGGCCUUCAAGGACAUGGUCCCUCUGUCCCAGCUGGCCUAUAGACCCUCUGCUCCACCUCAGAUCCUCUACAACCCCGCCCAGCAGAUCCUGGCCUACUCCGGCUUCUGCCCAGCACCAGCAACCCUCCCCACCUGCUCGUCCUACCCUCUGCCUCUCCAGCCGUCCAGCAGCUUCCCAGCCUCGUCCUCCACUGACCUCUCUCUGUCCGAGGACACGCAGCCUCCGUCCCAGUCCAGCUCCAGCUUCGGGCUCCCGCCCAACGCCCCGCCUCUCUAUGCUCCAGCCCCUUUCCUCCCCGGGGAGAAGCCUCCCCCCUACGCACCCUGA